CUCCCCGGCUGAGAACCCGCCAUUUUGAAAACCUUGUUGAUUCCGGGAGAGAGAGAGAGAGAGAGCCGCGCGCCAUGUCUUCUGUUGCUUCCUCUAAAGAAGAUACAAUGUCGUCUGAAAAAGCAGAUGAGAAACAACCUGAGGCUGAAAACAAAGCUGAGGAAAGCGAGGAGGAUGACGAGGAGGAAGAAGAGGAAGAAGAAGAAAAGGAAAAGAGUCUCAUUGUUGAAGGAAAAAGGGAGAAAAAGAAGGUAGACCGGUUGACCAUGCAAGUGUCCUCAUUACAAAAGGAACCUUUCACAAUUACACCAGGAAAAGGACAAAAACUCUGUGAAAUUGAAAGGAUACAAUUCUUUCUGAGUAAAAAGAAGACAGAUGAACUUCGGAACCUGCACAAACUCCUCUACAACAGGCCAGGCACUGUUGCUUCCCUAAAGAAGAAUGUGGGUCAGUUCAGCGGGUUUCCAUUUGAAAAAGGAAGUGACCAAUACAAAAAGAAGGAGGAAAUGUUAAAAAAAUUUAGAAAUGCAAUGUUGAAAAGUAUCUGUGAAGUACUUGAUUUGGAAAGAUCGGGAGUCAACAGUGAGCUGGUAACCAGAAUCUUAAACUUCUUAAUGCAUCCAAAAUCUUCAGGCAAGCCAUUGCCGAAGUCCAAGAAGACACCAAGCAAAGGUGGCAAAAAAGAACGCAGUAGUACUGGAACAACGAGAAAAACAAAACGCACCAAGUGUCCAGAGAUCUUGUCAGAUGAAUCUAGCAGUGAGGAAGAUGAAAAGAAGGAAAAGGAUGACUCUUCAGAAGAGAAAGAAAGUGAAGAGGAGCCCCCUAGAAGAGCAUCUAAGAGAGAAAAAUCUAAAAAGGUGACUUCCAAACCCAAGAAAACUGUGAAAGGUGCAAACGUCAAGAAGGCGGAUAGCAGCACUACUAAAAAGAAUCAGAACAGUUCUAGAAAAGAAAGUGAAUCUGAGGACAGUUCAGAUAACGAACCUUUAAUUAAAAAGCUGAAGAAGCCACCUACAGAUGAAGAAAUUAAGGAAACUGUCAAGAAAUUGUUGGCCAAUGCAAAUUUGGAGGAAGUCACAAUGAAACAGAUCUGCAAGGAGGUGUAUGAGAACUAUCCCAGUUAUGACUUAUCUGACAGGAAAGACUUCAUUAAAGAAACAGUCAAAGAGUUGCAGCUCUGGCUGUGAGUUGCUUUGUAAAUCACGCACUGACCACAUUCACUGAUAACAGCACAGAGGUGGUGUAAGCUUUCUAGGCUGGAAAGCUCUACAAGGGAGAGAAGGAAAUUGGAUAAAGAGAGCUUAUCUCUAUAUUUGCCCUUUUUCACAGAUAACACAGUUAGGAAGCUGCCUGUAAGUUGUUUUUUUUUCUUGUGGGUUCAUUUGCAGGCAUUGAAAUGAUACAUGACUGUCAAAAAAUAGUUACAUCUGUGUGCUGUGCAUACAUAUGUAUGUGUUGUUAUCAACAGAGACAUAAGAGCAAUCUGUCUGCUGGAGGGAUGUUCUUGGGCUUUCGUGACAGCAAAGGUUGAGUGCAUUUUCUUGAUAGUCUGAUGCUAAAGGAGAGGCAAUGUGUACAUUGCAGGUAGAUGUGGAGAAAGGAGAAAACUAAUACGCUUCUCAUUGCAGUUGAUUUCAUGAUCUGAUUUGGCUGGGAAAUGGAAGAUUCCUGAUUUUGUUUCCAUGGAUUUGAAGAUAUGAUAGGCACCAGCAAAAGGAAUGUGUCUUACCCUCGUGGUAUUUAGUCAGAACUGAUUCUGCUGAUCUAAUGCUAAGAGUGUUAAUGUAAAUCGUGUCGUGUAUCUUUUUUUCUAAAGCAAAAAAAAAAAAAUACAACAAAACAUGCAUUUGAUGCACGUUUUAGUUGAACAUUCUUAAGUUUUGUGCAUGGUAAUAAGUGUUCCCUUUUUUAUAGUUUUUGUACAUCUUGGAUUGCUUUGAAUAAUUAGAUUGAUUAGAACCAUCACAGCUUUUUAGUCUGCAUUACUGGCUUGCAGAAGAUUUAAAAAUCAAGAUGAAAGCUGUUUAUCUAUGGAUAUACAUGCAGAGACUGAAAUACUGCAUUAUUGGUUUUAAAAAGAAUUUGAGUAUAUAUCCAAUCUGAAAAUAACAGGAGUUAAUGGCACGUUAAUGUCUUUCAUAAUCCAAAACAUUCUACAGAUGCAGAAUAAUCCUAGAUCCGUCAUUACUGUCUUGCAUGUUUAGGCACUUGGAAUUGUCAAAGCAUGGUAACUAAUCGGCAUAUAGAUGUUAUUUUUGUACUCUUAAAAGGCUUUCUGUUGUGUAUAUAAAGUUAUUUCUGAUUUCUUUUGUGCAAAUCAGUUUUUAAUCUUAUCUUAGAGGAUUUAUGACAUGAAAUGUCAGCGUUCAGCAGUGAGGCUGUGAUGGAAAGCGAGAUGCAGAAGUUUGAUUAUACUGCAAAGGAGUUGAGGUUUUACAAUGUUUUUCCCAUCUUGUACAGAAAUGAAACUGUAGUUUUAUACUUAAGCUUUGCAGUGUUUAAUUUUGUACAAAGACUACAGGUACAUUUGUUUCAAUGGCUUGACCUUAUAAAUAAAGUCCCUGUAAAGACUAUAGGAAAUUUUUUUCAGAUCUCACUUUGCAAAAAAGUCUUUUAGUGUCUUGACUCGAUGGCCUGACAUCUCAGAAGUGGAUAUCCAUGAUGUACAGUUAGGAGGUGCCAUAGCUUUGGAAGCCCCCAGUGGGGUUUCUGAAUUGGGCUUUACUGUGUGGUUGAUCUCUGUUCUGUAUAGGAGCGCUCUUCUGAACCUCAGCCUUGGUGCCUCAACAUACGUGCUGGUACUUGUAAGUCUGCAGUCCUGAACUUUGACCCAUAGCUUUUUGGAUCAAAGUGAACUCUUUUGCAUAUAUGUUUCUGCCCUUUGGGUUUCUUUUUUCCAAAUACAUUGUAGCUAAUAUGGAAAGUCCUACACUUAGCAUGCCAACUAAUAACAGAUGGUGAAGUGUGGGCUGCCAUUAAUGCCAAAAGUAAAGAAUCCCUCUGACUACAGUAUUAAUGGGAAGACAAAGCAUAUUUUUGCAUUUUAUUAUUGUACAGUUGGGAAAUAAGUGUUCAUAAGUGAUCUAAGUUCUGAAAAUGUUCAGCCAGUUAGACUACUCGGUCAUCACAUAUUUUGACUUUCUUUGCGUGUCGUCAUUUAUAACAAGGCUGAAUGUAACGGGGUUUUUUAUUCAAUAAAUGUCUUUCACAAAAAUGUAAAUCAAUGUUGAUGGUACGUUUGCUUAAAUGUAUAGUAAAAAUAAUUAUACAGAAA